GACAGAGCAUAUCACAAUGCGCUUCUUGAUCGCUCUAUGCUUUUUGUUGGUCGGGUGCUUCUACCUGGCGGGUGCCUCUUCCACCGCGGAUCCAAGUACAACCACCACCGACUCCACGGCCACCACCACCACCACAGCCUCGUCAAGCGCCACCACCACAACUUCCUCCUCUUCUAGUGCUACCACUUCCUCUCCAUCGUCCUCCGCGAGUUCGGCUGCGGAGGCAAAACGGCGAAGACGUGCCCGCCGCAGACGACUAGCUCGGGAGCGCCGUCGCCGCCAGGAAAGAAGACAGCGCCAAGAAAAGCGAAGGCGCAGGAUGGAGCAGCUACUCGAGAGACAGCGUCGGUUGAUCCGCCAGUUGCAGGGGUAAUGGAUAACGUCCGGACAAAGGCAGUGAAUUUUAAAAAGAUUACAUGUAAAUUUAUCACUCACCAUUGAGGGAUCAUUGUUGAAUUUACAAACAAAAAACACAUUUUCGCAUUAAAAUUGUAAAAAAUCUAAAGAUCC